UCUGUAUGGAUUGAACCGUCGGCGAAUAUUUGUUGGGUUUAAUCUAAUAAUAAUUUGGAAUUUGUUAUUCAUUCCCUUUUAUUUGAAACCCAAAAUCAUCCGCACAGCACAACGCGCAACACAACACAACACAACAAAACCAUAGAAGAAAAACUCGAUUGCUCUUCUUCUUCUUCUUCUUCUUCUUCUUCUCCUCCAUCUCCAUCUAGUACGUCGGCGUUUUGUGCCUUGCUUAACCUAUAACUACUUCUACUGAUUAUUAUUUUAUUUUAUUUGUUUUGUUUUUAUAAUUAUUAUUAUUAUUAUGUCUUACGAUUACCUCUUCAAGUACAUCAUCAUCGGAGAUACAGGAGUAGGGAAAUCAUGUCUGUUAUUGCAAUUCACGGAUAAGAGGUUUCAACCAGUGCAUGAUCUCACCAUCGGAGUUGAAUUCGGUGCUCGUAUGGUUACUAUUGAUUCCCGCCCUAUCAAGCUUCAGAUUUGGGACACUGCUGGCCAAGAAUCAUUUAGAUCCAUCACUAGAUCCUACUACAGAGGAGCAGCUGGAGCACUCUUGGUUUAUGACAUUACAAGGAGAGAGACAUUUAAUCACUUAGCAAGUUGGCUAGAAGAUGCUCGACAGCAUGCUAAUCCUAACAUGACGAUAAUGCUCAUAGGAAACAAAUGCGAUCUUGCUCAUCGGAGGGCUGUCAGCAAAGAGGAAGGGGAACAAUUUGCCAAGGAAAAUGGACUUCUAUUCUUGGAGGCAUCUGCAAGAACAGCUCAAAAUGUUGAGGAGGCCUUCAUAAGGACUGCAGGAAAGAUCCUUCAGAACAUCCAAGAAGGCGUGUUUGAUGUAUCCAAUGAGUCUUCAGGAAUCAAGGUUGGAUAUGGGCGGCCCCAGGGUCCAUCAGGCUCUAGAGAUGGAGCUGUUGCUCAGAGAGGGGGUUGCUGCAGCUAAACAAAACACAAAUAAAAUCUGUAUUUGAUACUUCUGUGCAAUUUCAUUCAGCUUUCCCCACUCCUCUUAUGAAUAUAUGUUUAGAACUGUCAUGUGGCUUCUGGUUAACAUUUAAUGUAUAGAUCCAAAAUCUUAAAACUGAAUUAAAUCUAAUUGAUAGGGUUCAGGUAUUUACAGUGCUCAAA